AUCAGCUAUUUCUAAGAGUAUUCUCUUGUCUCUAUAGCCAUAUCGUCUGACAAGGAACAUCUCGACCCAAGGCGCACCGUUUGAGCCAUACCUGACCGGCCACUUGUCCGCCUGCCCACUCCACCCACGCAAUAAUGUCGCUCAAGGACGAGAUCCGGGCAGUCGCCAGCUCGAUGUUUGACGAAAUGCUAGACGACCUCAUCCUCACCACCGCCAUAUCGGCCCAUCGCGAGAUCAAGCGAGGCAGGGCCAUCUGCGGAACAUGUGGUACAAAGUGCAGAAGCCAUGUUCCGGUUCUGCCCUCCAAUCUUGCCAGCUCUUCGAGCUCGGUCCAAGCAUCCCGCGCAGAAGGCUCCGGUAGUUCCUCGCGAGCCCAGACGCCGCAAUUGGCGUCUGAACCUGGUGGACGAACCGGAGGAUACGCCGUGGGACCCGAGAAGGGUACAGGGGGAGCCACAGGGAUAGGGAGUGGUAGCGGAAGGAUGGAUUCGAAUGGCAAUGCCUUCUUCGACUGUCUGGUCUGUUCUAGGCCGAUUGCAUCAAACAGAUACGCUCCGCAUCUCGCCAAGUGCUUGAACUUGGGUGGAUCGACAAGACGAGUGGCGGCAAGGUCUGCGGCUGUAAAGGCCCGAUUAGGGACAGGCCACGAUCGGUCCAGUCCAUCGCCCUAUCUGGGGAGCGACGGCGGCGAGUGGACCUCUGAUGCCGACAGUACCUCUAGCAAGAAGAAGAAGACCGCAAAUGGUACAGGCAAGAGGAACAUCUCUCCGACCAAGCCUGCGCCCAAAACCAAAAAGGCCAAGCUCGCCUCUGCUCCUACCACUCCUGCCUCUACACCCCAAUUCCCUCGCCAAGCCCUGCCCCCUUCUAAACUUGGGCGCCCCCCGACAAACCGUCAACCCACAUUCAACUCCUCUCCUGUUUCUUCCCCGGAAAAGUCUGUCAUAUCUGUUGCGAGCUCUUCCACUGGCGGAGGGGGAGGAGGGGGAGGGGGAGGAAUGACUGGGUUGAAGACCUUGCCGGGGGUCAGGAACGACGACAGUGAAUUCUUGCCAGCUGCUGCUGCUGGUGACGACUCUAGCGAGGCUGCCGACGACGAUUACUAGGCUUGACCGUCUUUGUUCUCAGCCUUGCUCAUUUCUCUCCCUGUGCCAUAAGCCAUGCCCUGAAACGACCGCCUGUUGAUUGAUUGUGACCAUCUGACUGCUGCAUACUAUCUACCCUUCUGAACGAGCAGAUAUCUAUCCGAGAACAUGUAUUGCAUAUAUUCCGUG